CUAUAUAAGGGUCGCGCCUACCAGCGAUUGCACUGUCGUCGGGAGGAUGUCUCGAUACGGGCGAUACGAGACCAAAGUGUACGUGGGAAACCUGGGUACGGGCGCCGGCAAAGGCGAGCUGGAGAGAGCCUUUAGCUACUACGGACCGCUGAGAACCGUAUGGAUCGCCAGGAACCCGCCGGGGUUCGCCUUCGUGGAGUUCGAAGACCCCCGGGAUGCUGAAGAUGCUGUGCUUGGCCUCGAUGGGAAGAUAAUAUGCGGCUCCAGGGUCAGAGUGGAAGUAUCCACAGGGAUGCCGCGCCGCUCCCGCUACGACCGUCCUCCUGCCCGGCGCCCCUUCGACCCCAACGACAGAUGCUACGAGUGUGGUGAGAAAGGCCACUAUGCUUAUGACUGUCACCGCUAUAGCCGGCGAAGGAGGAGCAGGUCUCGGUCUAGAUCCCGCUCGAGGUCCCGAGGAAGAAGGUAUUCCCGGUCACGCAGUCGCAGCCGUGGUAGGAGAUCCAGGUCAGCUUCCUACCGCAGGUCCAGGUCGAUGUCUCCUCGUAGAUACAGAUCAUUCUCACCCCGUAGGUCCCGCUCUGGUUCUCUAAGAAGGUCAAGAUCUAGGUCCAGGUCACGUUCCAGGUCCCGCUCUGUUGUAUGGCCUCGAAGCAGGUCUGAGUCUCAUGGUAGAUCUAAAUCUGGCUUACCUGCUAAAAGCCGGUCAAAGUCCAGAACACCAUCUCCAAAGAGAAGUCACUCACCAUCAGGAAGCCCUUGAAGAAAUGAAAGUCCUAAAAGAAUGGGUUCAAAUCUAAGAAGUUUAGUAAAAAAACCUAUUUUGUUUACAUUAUAAGGGAUUUUGUGAUGUAAGGGCUUAGUCCUAGAAGGCAGUUUCUAUUUACUAGCAAUUGGCAUGAAUCUCUGUCUUCUAAAAGUCUUGUUAGCAGACUGAUAUAAAACUCUUCUGUUGUGUUCAUGUUCUGUGAUCUGAAAAUGUUGAGAGUUUUUUUUUUU